ACAGUUUCCAAAUAAGAUUUUCCAUCAUGAAAAAGAAAGUGGGAUUGGUAUUAGGUAUUUUAUUUUCAUGUUAUAUAAAAGCUUCUUUGGCGCAAUGUAUCAAUGAAAAACCUGCUCCUCAUCCGAAUGAUUGCAGAAAGUUUUAUUUAUGCCCUGGGAACUUUAUAUCGUCCUGCGGACCUGGAACUCACUUCAAUCCAAAAACAUUAGCUUGUGAUUGGCCUAACCGAGCCGGAUGUCAAAGUGGAGGACCUAAAAAACCUGGGGGUUCACCUGGGGAAUCUCCAGGCCCAGGCGGGAAACCUCCAGGCAAACCUCAAGGUCCAUCUGAAAAACCUCCAGGUCCACCUAAAAAAUCUUCAGGCCCACCUUCAGGUCCAUCUAAAAAUCCUCCAGGUUCGCCUGAAAAACCUCCAGGUCCAGCUAAAACAUCAUUAGGCCCACCUCCAGGUCCAUCUAAAAAUAUUCCAGGCCCAGCUCCAGGUCAACCUGAAAAAUCUCCUGGUCCACCUAAAAAAUCUUUAGGCCCACCUUCAGGUCCAUCUAACAAACCUCCAGGCCCACCUGAAAAACCUCCAGGUCCACCUGAAAAAUCUUCAGGCCCACCUUCAGGUCCAUCUAAAAAUAUUCCAGGCCCAGCUCCAGGUCAACCUGAAAAAUCUCCUGGUCCACCUAAAAAAUCUUUAGGUCCACCUUCAGGUCCAUCUAACAAACCUCCAGGCCCACCUGAAAAACCUCCAGGUCCACCUGAAAAAUCUUUAGGUCCACCUUCAGGUCCAUCUAAAAAACCUCCAGGUCCCUGAACUCCAAACACUGUAUUAAUAUUUUAUAAACUUCUUUGAU